ACAAUCAGUCAGCGCCAUUCUGCAUUGCUAGUCAGUGCGAGCCAACCAACACGAAAUGAAAAUGGAGGACUAAACGGAGACUGUGCAAGAACGUAAAAUAUCGUCAAUGUUUACAAGUCCUUAGUGAUGUGGACAUCGAGGAACUUGACGCUCUUGACCCGCUCCACCACAGCCCCGUCAACGUGAAUGGAAGUGUGUUUGGCCCUCCGUUUCCUGUAGUCCACGAUAAGCUCCUUUGCCUUGCCCACGUUGAGGGACAGACUGUUGUCCAGGCACCAUACUGCCAGGUCCAAGAUCCCAGUACCAGACCUGUGAUGAGUACUGAUCAGAACCUGCUGUGAGUGGAAAAGGAGCAUUUUUCUCAUCAGAGAAGCACUUUAUCAGUGCCCUACCACUACAGAGCAGCAGACGUUCUGUUUGAAAGUAGUGAGUGACUCCAUCAUCUAUGGAGGAGAAUGUGAGCCCUGAGCUCUAUCUAGCUCUCGAGCCAGAGCAGAGCCAGGACCCUAUGGAUAGCAGCUCUCAAGCUAUCCCAGAGGACGAUAAGGUCCAGAAGGACAGAGUAGAUAAAGAAGACCAAGAGCACGGUGACAAUGCUACUGAGGAAAAGCUAGAGGAGACGGAGCAAUCUGCUAAGACCACAAGCGAGUUCAAGAAGACCUGGGGAUUCCGCCGGACCACCAUAGCCAAGAGAGAAAUGCCAGGAGACACGACUGCUGAGAGCCAGGAUGGCCAAGUAGGGCCUGUGCGCCGCAGCGGGAGGCAGGCCAAACGCACUGACAAGUUGGAGGAGUUCCUGCUCACCACCAAGAGAGCGCGUACAGUGGGGAGGAGAAGUGCACCUGGCAGCGUAGAGGGUGGGGACCCUCCCUCCCAGACCCAUACAGAUGCGGAGACUGCCUCUGAGGCCAGCUUUGACGGCAACACAGAGGCCAAGUCUGUGGAGGGUAAACCAGAUUCACCAGUGAGGAAGACGGGCAGGAAGAGGACAACUCGGAAGGCUAAAGGCCGUGGCAGCUGCAGAGGUGGCUCAGUCAGUGACGAUGGAAGCUCUGACAAUGAAGAGAAGGGUAGUGGAGAUGCACCCAAAGAGCCCCAGCCUCAGCCCCAGGAGGAGAAGGAGGAGGACAAGAAGACAAUCAUCCCUGAAAAGAAAGAGGAGGAGGAUAUAGUGCAGCCGCAGCCAGAGCAGGACUCUGUGAAGAAAGAAGUGUCAGAAAAAGAAGAGGAGGUGGACGAGAAGGAGGAAAAUGAAAAAGAGGAGAGCGAGGGAAAGCCCGUUGAGACCAGUGGGAGGCAUGCCUCCAGGUCCAGCAGUCCUGCCAAGGCGGCAAGUAGGGGCACCAACCCAAACAAGAGAGACACCAAGUCCAGAGGGGCAAAAACCCGCAAAGAGGAAGAUAAUGAGGAUGAUGAUGAAUACCCGUCAUCCUCAUCAUCCAGUGACUCGGGCGACGCUGAAGGAUAUGACCCUAAUGCAUUGUACUGCAUCUGUCGACAGAAACACAACAAAAGGUUCAUGAUCUGCUGCGACCGCUGUGAGGAGUGGUUCCAUGGAGACUGUGUGGGCAUCACUGAGGCUCGUGGACGUCUGAUGGAGAGGAAUGGGGAGGACUAUGUCUGCCCCAACUGUACCACCAAGAAGAGCCAGACAGCCAAGCCCAAUGGCAAACUCAAAGCAGCUGCCCCUGGAGCCCGCAAAGCCGAGCAGAGCCCCUCUGUGGCAGCUUCCUCACCUACAGCUGCUGCUGGUGCAGAUGAGAAGGGUAGCGAUGACUUGGGUAUUAAAGGGAGAAUAGAGAAAACAACAAACCCCAGUGGAAAAAAGAAGAUCAAGAUUUUUCAGGCAGCGGCAGAGGAGUCUAAUCUGCCCAAAUGUAUCGGGCCAGGCUGUGAGAAGAACGCCCUGAAGGACUCUGUCUACUGCGGCAGUGAGUGUAUCCUGAGACACGCCGCGGCAGCCAUGGCAGCCAAGUCCAUCUCCGAGCCCAAGCAGAAAGAUGAACCUAAGCAGAAAGACCAAGACAAGGCCAAGGGACAGAAGAAAACACCUGGUACCAGGGCAACGCCCAAGAAGAAUUCCACCACUGGGAGGAAGACCAGCAAGAAGUCCACAGAGGAGGAAGAGUCUGACGGUGAGGCCGAUGAGGAUGGUGAUGAAGAGUCACACGAAGAGCAUCCACCACCACCCGCCAUGUCGUCCUGGUCCAGCGACCAUAAUUACAAUGCAGUAACGCCAGAAAAGACUACACCCAUAGCACCACCAACAGUGUUAAACAAAACGUCUCCUGAAAAGGAGAGUGAAGAGGACCAGAGUGAGAAGGAACCAACCCCUCCUGAGAAGAAGUCUCCUGCUUCCACAGCACCGCUCAAAGGAGGAAAGAAGUCUCCUGGCCCCAAAGUAUUAAAGAUAUACACCAGACGCAAUAAACCAGCAACUCCAGUCAGCAGUGCUAAGGCACCAAAGAAACAACCAUAUCCCACUCCUAGCAAAACAACCAAAUCCAAGAAACCACCACCACCACCUGCUAUCCUGACCCCUUCUGCCCCUGGCUCUCUAGACACCCCACGACAUCACGUCACAGGGGCCCUGAGGGUCGGCAAGUCCAGCUUUACCAUCCCUAAAAAGCAGGUCCAGCCUCAGCAGAGAGACUCCUUAGGCCGUAGUCCGUCCAGAAUCCCGUCUUCACCAGCCCCCUCCUCCCGACGCCCUGAGCCAGCCACUUUAGCACCUUCCAUGAUGUGCCUGACGGCUCCACCAAACAACCAGAUGAGACAGAACAUCCGCCGCUCGCUCACAGACAUCCUAUACAAGAGGGUGAGUGACAGUGAUGAUUUGAAUAUGUCUGAGAACGAGGUGGGAAAACUGGCUGUCAACAUUGAGAAAGAGAUGUUCAACCUCUGCUUGUGCACGGACAGCAAGUACAAGAACAAGUACAGGGGCCUCAUGUUCAACCUGAAGGACCCCAAAAACAAGGGCCUUUUCUACAGGGUGGUCUGGGGAGAGGUCAGCCCCUUCAGGUUGGUGAGGCUGAGUGCAGAUGAGCUGCUCUCCAAAGAGAUCUCAGAGUGGAGGAAGCCUGACACUACUGAGGCUCCCAGCGCUAGAUCCCAGACAGGGCAGUCCAAAUCGAGCCAUAGGCAGGAUGCUGGCCCCCCUGAUGUGGACAUGGAGGAUGCUCCUCCAAUGUCUGAUGGAGAUGUAUGUAUCUCUGGCACCUCCCCAUCUCCUCGCAUGGCAUCUGCUGCAGAACAAGAGGAAGCUGGCACCACUCCCUUCUCUGGCUCAGUUCAGGCUGGGGUGAAGAGUGGCAGUGCCCUGCCAGAUAUCUUCAGCAUGAUGCGGGACACCACGGCCGAACACAGGGCCCAUCUCUUUGACCUCAACUGCAAAAUCUGUACAGGCCAGAAGUCUGCAGACAAUGAACCAGCAGCCAAGAAGGCCAAACUCUCCAAGAAGCCCGAGGUGAGGCAAGAGGUGAGACGCUUGCCCAGGUCCUCCUCAUGUGAAGGUGCCCCGGUCAAUUAUCCCGGCAGUGAGACACCAGGCCCUGAGCCCCUGCCCUACCAUGAGGACGCAAGCAUCAUGUUGCCUCCACCCCAGACCCCAGCCCCUGUCACUGUACCAGCCGUCUCCUCUGUCAGCAUCACCCGCAGAGAUCCCCGCAUGGCAAGACACAGCUCUGGAGUGACGGUCACCCACUCAGCUCCAGACACCUCCAUGGUGGCACCAAUCUCAACAGAUACCUAUUCAAGACCCAUUCCAACAGAGUCCUAUUCAAGACCUAUCCCAGCAGAGCCCGCUCCGGUUGUAGUGAUGGAGGUGGUGCCCAAGGGGUCCCUCCCCAUGCCCCCGGCUCCUCCACCCUCCAUCCCCAGGCCUGUCAUGCAAAAAGCUGCCUCGUCAGAGCCUCCCCCAGAGGGUGAGACCGCCAUCUUCCUCCAUAGUCAGGAGAUGAUGUGGAAAGGAUUCGUCAACAUGCACACCGUGGCUAAGUUUGUCACUAAAGCAUACCUGGUCUCAGGAACCUUUGAGCACCUGAAAGAGGAUCUACCUGACACCAUCCACAUCGGAGGCCGAAUCUCCCCCAGCACUGUGUGGGACUAUGUGGGGAAACUAAAAACGUCACUGUCCAAGGAGUUGUGUCUGAUCCGGUUCCAUCCAGCCACAGAGGAGGAGGAGGUGGCCUAUGUCUCUCUCUUCUCUUAUUUCAGUAGCAGGAAGCGCUUUGGAGUGGUCGCCAACAACAACCGCCGCAUCAAAGACCUAUACCUCAUCCCCCUGAGCUCCAAGGACCCUCUGCCCUCCAAACUGUUACCCUUCGAUGGGCCAGGUCUUGAGCCCGCGCGCCCUAACCUCCUCCUCGGCUUGGUGAUCUGCCAGAAGGAGAAGAAGCGUGCUGUAGCCUCCUUUGAGACUGAAGAGAAGCGUUCCAUGACCCAAAUCAGAGACCUAGAUGACACAGGCCUUCCAAAACCAACCUCAGCCAUCAAGGCUGAAGUGAAAGCAGAGAAAGCCUUGCGGUACACCCAAGAUCUUCCCUUCAACACAUCCCCCCCAGGUACACCUCCCCCUCUCAGCUCCUCAGAGACCUCAUCCACCUCCAUGGCAGCCGCAUCAGUGCUGUCCUUCCUGUCUUCUGUCAAAGCCCCUGCUACAGGCAGAGAGUCACCUUCCUCCAGCUCUGCUGCAUCCUCUGCUACCAAUGCCACCCCCCUUCAGACCAUCCUGAAGACUUUGUUUGGGAACAAGAUGCAUGACUCUGAGGCCUCCAUGUCCCCUUCUGAGCAUGGUGCUGUUGACGUCUCAGCUGGCCCCGCUACUCUGCUUGAUCCCAUCGUUCAGCAGUUUGGACAGAUUUCUAAGGAGAAGCAGGUGGAGGAGGAUGAGGAUGACCGACCAUAUGACCCAGAGGAAGAGUAUGACCCAGGUAUGGGCUAUGGAGCACCCCAGAAGUUAGUUAAAGAACCUGAGGUCAUCAAGCAGCCAGAGGCUACGGAUCUGGACGAUGUGGCCUAUGAUCCGGAGGAUGACACCAUCUUUGAGGAGGUCAGGACUGAUAUCCCUGGUCAAGCCAGGGCCGCACCUGGAGGUCUGACCGAACAGCAGAAAAUGCUGGAGGAUCUCAACAAACAGAUUGAGGAGCAGAAACGUCAGCUUGAGGAGCAGGAGGAAUCCAUCUACCAACCAGGGUCAACCACAGGGACAUCAGCUGCCUCGUUCUCAGUCAUUGACAGCUUGAUCUCUCAGCCAUCCCUACUGGCCAACAGUCAGCUCCUGCAGCUGGGGAAAAAGGUUGAUGAGUUGAUGAAAUCCUCCUCUGCUGCCGCUCCUUUGAUUAACCAGAGAAGGGACCCAAGGCAGAGCAGGGACCCCAGGCCGAGCAGAGACCCCAGGAGGCUAACCUCAGACUCGUUAGAAAAAGAAGAGACACCUCUUCCUGCUCCUGUCACAGCCACCACGCAACCACCACAGACUGAUGUCCAAGAACCAGAAACACCACUGUCCCAAGAAGAGGUUAUAACAGAAUCUCUUCCCUUCCUGGAAUCAGACACAACAGGGGAGUCCAUUCCCCUGUUAGGUGAGAGUGUAGAACCUGAUAUGGAGGUCAAUUACGUGGAGAAACGAACUGUGGAAUCGGAGGAAGUUGACCCAACCAAGAGUGACUUUGACAAAUACAGUAUUUGGCCAAAUGCAGCCAGCAUUUUAAAGACAGGAGAGAUGUCUAAUUCUGAGCAGAACAGUCAAGAGUCUACGUCCUCUGGCUACUUCAAAAUGUCCGCAAACAGCUCCCCAGCUUCACCUACAAUUCAUGUACUGUCUCAGAAUGUCACCCAGGAUAGCUCCACCCUGAUGGACACCCAAUCCUCCCACAUGUUACAUAUGGAAACAUCAGGCUACAUGGACUAUGGAGCUCCUCCUGACGUUCCUCCAACAGCCACCUUCCCACCCCACCUUGGGCCCCCACCGAUGCAGGGUCCACCUCCAAUGCUUGGGCCACCACCCAUGCAGAGUAUUCCUUCCUUGUCAGGCUCUCUUCCUAUGCAGAGACCUCUACCCAUACCGGUUCCUUCACCCAUGCAAGUGGAGAGUGACCAGUCUCAGUACUCUCAGUAUGGGCCAACUCCUGCUGCUUACCCUCCCUAUCAGAACCAGUGGGGUGGCUCUCAGCAGCAGUAUGAGGCACCCCAUGGACCUCCACUCCAGACCAUGAUGCAACCCAGAGGACCCCCUCCAUUCCAACCGAUGGGCCAGAGAGCUCCACCUCCCCAGAUGUUCAAUGCACCCAUGGGUUCCCUGGCUCCACGGCACAUGGGGCAACAAGGCCCACCUCCAGGCCAGUUCAUGGAGGGCCAUGGCCUUCCCCCACCUCCUACUUUUGAUGGGCAAAAUGGUUUAGCUCCAGCAAGGUUCACUGGACCCCCUCCUCCAUUCAACUUCCCUGGACCCAGAGGCCCCCCUCCUCCCUUCACAGGUCCUCCCCCAGGCCACUUUGACAACAGAGGACCCCCUCCAUCGCACUUCCCCGGACCCAGAGGUCCUCCGCCUUCUCAUUUUGGGGAUCAUGCGUCCCAAGCACCCAUGAUCGACCCACCAAGAGGCCCUGUAGACCAGUACAACAAUGCCAGUGUUGGUUCCUACCAGCAGAGCAUGGACCAUCACCAGGGUCAGACCCCUCCACACAUGUACAAAGACAACCAGGCUCCCCCACCAGGCCCCUCUUACAGAGGACCUCCACACUACCAGUAUGAGGGGCGGAGAGGCGCGCCUCCCAGUGGAGAUGUGGGUGAACAGCAUUUCCAUCCACCUAACCAGUUUCGGGGAUCUAGAGCACCCUCCCCACCACCACACAGGGGAUCUUAUGAUGACCAGAGACAAGACCACCAGGGGGGCCCACCUCAGCAUUUCGGAGGACCUGACCGGUUUCGCCUUGACAAUCCAGUAGACUUAAGACCAACCCGCCACAGUGGGCCACUGCUCCCGACCCCUCCAGAGGGCCCCAUACCUCUACCAAACCGCAUGAGGGGCCACAGCCCAGAGUCCCACAGGGACGACCACUGGCGACGACACUCGCCUGACAUGAGAAGGAGCAGCUCCACCAGAGAGGGCUCAGAGCCCCGCGGUGGAGACAGUGCCAGUCGGUUUGAGGGUGGCCACAAAGACCGGGAGCCAAUCCCUGUUUCCUCUGGGCUGUCGGAAAGGCAGAAGGAUCUGUCUGAGGACCGCAGGAGGGAGAGGGACCGUGAGGGGCCCCAUGGGGCCAGGCCAUGGGACAGGAGCCAGGGCAAGCGCUGGAGCCGGGAGAGGGACAGAGGCAGGGAGAGAGACCGAGGAGAGAGGGAACGCAGCCGGGAGAGAGACCGCAGCAGAGGGAGGGUGGGAGAGCGACACAGGGCUCCAGAGGGAGAGCGGCACAGGGCUCCAGAGGGAGAGCGGCACAGGGCUCCAGAGGGAGAGCGGCACAGGGCUCCAGAGGGAGAGCGGCACAGGGCUCCAGAGGGAGAGCGGCACAGGGCUCCAGAGGGAGAGCGGCACAGGGCUCCAGAGGGAGAGCGGCACAGGGCUCCAGAGGGAGAGCGGCACAGGGCUCCAGAGGGAGAGCGGCACAGGGCUCCAGAGGGAGAGCGGCACAGGGCUCCAGAGGGAGAGCGGCACAGGGCUCCAGAGGGAGAGCGGCACAGGGCUCCAGAGGGAGAGCGGCACAGGGCUCCAGAGGGAGACGGGCACAGGGCUCCAGAGGGAGACGGGCACAGGGCUCCAGAGACAGACGGGCACAGGGCUCCAGAGACAGACAAGAGGAAGGACAAGGAGAGAGACCGUGACCGAGAAAGGGACAGAGUUAGGGGGAGAGAGCCUGACAGGAGAGACUGCGACCGAGAGAGAGCCAGGAACAGAGACCGAGAGAGAGACAGAGAAAGGAAAAGAGACGGGACCAGGAGCAGAGACCGGGACAGAGGCAGGGAGAGAGAGCCUGACAGGAGAGAAAACGACAGAGACAGAGCACGGGACCGAGAAAGGGACAAAGACCGAGACCGCCGGGACAGGAGCAAGAGCAAAGAAAAGAGAGAAGACAAAAAAGAAUCAAACAAAUCUUAUGUCCCAAAGGAGAAUGAUAAACCUGCAGAGGUGGAAAGUGAUAAAAACACAUCAUAAUGUCUUACUUCUGUCGAACACUUUUCUCUGUAGUAACUCAGUCACCCCGUGACUUUCACUUUCAGCAUCAUAACUGUACAUGUAAAUAGACAUUAUUGUGAAUGCUCUUGUAGUUGAAAGGUCUACACAUUUUGUAUUCCUUUGGCCAUUUUAUACAUUUUAACACAUUUAAAGGAACUAAUUGUGUGGUCUUAAGUAUGAUCCCAUCUACCUUUCUCCUGUCAAAGUACUUUCACAUGGUACAAUAAUCACAUGAAAGUAACUCCCUUCCUUGUAAUGUAGAUAUGAAUGUAUUUGUGUAUAUACUGGUAUGUUUUUAAUCACAUUUUUCUAAGUAGAGAAAUUAUAAGCCAUAUAUCUGGAGUGGAUAAUGUGAGAAUUGAGGAAACACAUUGAUUGCUAUAGUCUAACGUAUAUGACAGUAUGUGCUUAUAUGUUCAUCAGUCAAGCACUGAAGGGUUGUAUCUAUAAUAUUGCUAAUUACAGUUAACAGUUGAAAUGUCCUGAUUUUGUUUAAACUUGGCCAAUUAAACCUACUUUGACUACA